UAAGUGGCAUUAUGCAAUACGAGUGAAGAGGUGCUGAUUUCAAGAGCCGGUCACUCUUGUGAUUUCCACAGGUUACCAUCAACGACCUAAAACCUGUAAACCAAACCGGUUUAACCAGUUCCUGCAUAACCCAUGAAGGCGUGACUGAGAUUACACAGGUGGGAGGGCGAGAGAAAGAUUCAUUCGACCUCAAGUGUUCAUUCAGGAGAGUCUACACACUCAUAAAACCGCAGGGACUACAGUAAGGAUCUUUAUGUCCAGCAUGGAUAUUUUGGGUAUUCCGUGCCCCCCAUACACCCAAUCUCCAAAUCCGCUCUCAUCGAAGCCCCCCCCACCACCCUACCCAGGCAUUAGAGCUAACGGGAUGGUAAAUGGACAGGCUGAUAAGUCAUUGCUCAGAGCUCAGAUGGAGGUGGAUGUGCUCAAUCAUUGUUUUGAUGAUAUCGAAGCGUUCAUUGGGAAGUUGCAGCAGUCAGCAGAGGCUCAUAUUAUUCUCAGCCAAAGGAGUAAAAAAAAGAAGAAAAGCCAGAAGAAAAGUGCAGAAGAGGAUCUUCUCACAGCUAAAGCCCAACCACCAUCUGAGAAAGAGUUUUUCGACACUUUCCAGAUAUUUAAAUACAGUUUGAGUCUGCUGGCACGGUUAAAAUCUUCCAUCUUCAAUCCGACGUCAGAAGAGCUCGUUCAUCACAUCUUCAAAACGCUCUUGAUGAUUGUGAAGGCAACAGGAGGUCCUGGUUUAGCUGCAUCCGUGUCCAGUCCGGCUAUGACACAAGGAGCCGUGACUCUGCUACAGAAUAACUUGACAGCACAGGAAAAUGAGUUAUGGGUCGCACUGGGGCCCAACUGGACACAGCCAAGAUCUGCUCUGCGGAGCACUGUGGCGCCGUACACACCCGUGUUUCUGGAUAGAUGGAAGCUUCCGGGGUCAGAGGUCGCGGGUUGGGUCGACCCGGUGGAAUCACAACACAAACAAGACGCAGAGCUCUCUACAGUAGAGCUUACGUCCUCUCAGCCCUCCGAUCGUCACUCUCAUCCCGUUCAGACCACAGACAAACCAGAUGGUGUUGUUGUGAAAGAGAGGUUUUAUCGCUGCAGUUAUGACUUUGUUGCACGAAACAACAGUGAGCUUUCAGCACUGCAAGGACAAAAGCUAGAGGUGAUCGAGUCGUCUAAGCGCUGGUGGAAGUGUCGAAAUGAAUAUAAUGAAAUUGGAUUCAUACCGUUCAAUAUUCUGGAGCCCAUCACACACAUGGAUAACCCUGUGACACAUAAAACACCAAAGCCGCCCGCUGCUCCACCAAUCUUCAACACCCUGCCUAAUCUCUCCUCCGUGACCUCUGACCCCAGCGCCCCUCGGCCACGCAACAUAGCUCUCGGACAACAACAUCUAAAUGAGGAUACAGAGAAAGUGAUGCAGGUAAAUGAUGAAUUACUGCAGCGAUUAACCAACGGAAAGAAUUUAUCUCCCCGUCUGGUGAUUCCUCGCUCCAUGGACACAUCGGCCCCGCUGGAUUACAACUCGCCAGCUGCAGAGGUGGAAAACUGGCUGCGAAAGAAAGGCUUCAGUGAACCGACAGUUCAGUGUUUGCGAGUGUUGAAUGGAGCUCAACUCUUCUCUCUGAAUAAAGAAGAGCUGCGUGCUGUUAUUCCUGAAGAGGGCACUCGAGUCUACAGUCAGCUCACAGUACAGAGAGCCCAGCUGGAGGAUGCUCGUAGAGCGACAGAGUUGGAGGCUGUGAUGGAGAGACAGAAGAUGAAGGUGGAUCUGAAACUGGAGAGUGAAACUCUAUGAAUUUAUCUAUUUAUGAUUAAACGUGCGCACUGACAUGACAACUAUAUGUUUAUAUACUCUCUCUCUCUCUCUCUCUCUGUUUGUCUCACAUGAAUGUGCUUAUGCCAGAUGAUUUAAGUGUUACUGUAACCUGCUUAGUGGGUUAUUUAUUCUAUUUAGCUUUAUUGCAUGAAAAUCAUUAACAUUAUUUAGUUAGUUAUUUUACAUUUUACUUUGUGUAGAAUAUCAUAUAUUCUCCUCAAAUAAAUGUAAUGCACAGAUGCUGAAACUAGCAAUUAAUUUGUCUGCCAGAGAGGGGCGCUAUACACCAACCUGUGCCCCUGGGGUAGGGUGGGGGGGCAAUGUGUACCUGUACAUUUACUACAGUGGCAGACUCUUACUAGAGUUAUCAGAGGAGACGUGCUCAUGGACGAAACCCUCUUGGACGUGGCACAUGACGGGCUACAAGAAAUGCCUUAAAUCUAAAUAACAACACCCUGAAGAUAAUAGCUGAGGGGUUUCUUAACUCAAGGGUGUUUUUGCAGUCCCGUUAUCCACUAAUGAGCAGCUCCUUGAGAAACAUGAGACAACUAGUUCAGUUUGUCAAGGAAGAUAUUAAGUAAUCAAUGUACUGUAACUCUAUACAUUUUAAAGACGUUUAAAUGGAGGUGAAGAGUGUGUUGCACGUCCCUUCUUCAAUGUAAGAAUAUGCUUUUCAUCUGCCGGGUGAAACGUGAAUCAGGAACUUUAAUAUAGAGAGUUAGUCACAGUAAGUCACUAACUAUUAGCAACACUGAUAGUGAUAUUUAUCAUUAUUAAUAUUGUAAUUAUUGAGGGUUUUUUUACCAUCCAGGGUUGUUUAAGUCAUUUAUCUCUGGAUUUAACAUUUAAAAGUAGACACUGUGAAUACAGAAUUUGUUUUUUUGUUUUUUUGGCCUUUUUCUUUAACUAAGCAAUGCUAAAACAAAAUUUGCCACAAAUAACAGAAAAAUAACAUUGCAAAAAAAAAAUAUAUAUUAUUAUUAUUAUUAUUCAAGCAUUUACAAGAAAUGCCUUAAUUUAAGAAAACCGUCUUCUGAAGCAAUCUAAUCCGUUUUGGAAAUGUAACUCCUUUAUCAUUAUAAAUCUUGACAGCAGUCUCCAUGGCGAUCAUGAUUUCAAGCUUGAUUACACUUCUUAUAGCACCAUCUAGUGCUCUGUGCACGUGUCAAGCACUAGGAAGUGUAAUCGAGCUUGAUUGCCAUGGCGACGGCAAUGGCUACAUGUACAGUGAUGUACAGAAGUUUCAUUUUGUUCUGUUCUUACCCAAAACCAAUUAGAUCGCUUCAGAAGACAUGGAUUACUUUUAAGCUACCUUUAUGUGUUUUUUGUAGCUUCAAAGUUUUGUUCAUCAUUCACUUGCAUUGCAUAGACCUACAGUGCUGAGAUAUUCUAAUAAAACAUUAGAAUAUGCUAUGCAUCUUAUAGUUAUACUCUCUAUAUAUUUUGUUUUAUAAAUGCAUAUAUACAUGAGGGAGGAGGGUAGAAUUAUAUAGGAAACACUGGCACACAUUGUUCUGUGGAAAUAUACUCUACGCAAGUAGCCUAUGUGAAUGCAAAUGCUUCGACCUGGAAAGCAAGCUCGAUUUCAUGCAGCGUUGUGUUCCGAGAUGUGUCACAACACAAUGCAUAAGGCCUGAACAGAUUGCUACUCUACAAAAGUAUGUGAACAAAAACACUUCUAGCUACACAAGCUCAGUUUCAUAUGCCAUUGCAUUCCCAGUUGUGUCAGUUCCCAGUUAUGUUCAGUUAUGUGCAUGGUCAGGCCAGAAACGUACUACAUGCAAGUAAUCUUUGCCAACGCAGUGCAAGUUUGAAGUCAUGUUUUAAAAUGCCAUUAAACUGGAUGUGCUAUUAUUCAGGUAGCUAGCUAUAAAAAUGUUGAUGGUUUAGCUAGAUUCUCUUUAAACUGUUGCUCUGCUUUGACAGUAGUAAAUAAAGUUUCAUACUUAUUUU